AUGGAGGAUGGAAGAAGGAAUGGAGAUGGGGAAAAUUAUGGGAACCGGAUUAACACAAAUAAGGCCAACCAUGUAGGAAAUAAUGGAUGUGGCAUCGAUCAGAAUAAAGGACAAAAUAGAGGUAACAAUGGCAAUUAUGGAAGUGGCAAUGGUGGAGGUAGGAACAAUGGUAACAAUAAUGGUAAUAUUAAUGGGGGUGGUAGUAAUGGUAAUAAUGGAAACUAUAGCAAAAAUAAUGGGAUUAUGAAAAAUCAAAGAAAACAUCAUGUUGGUAGGCAAGCCUUAAUCAUUGAGAGGUAUAGACAAUUGGAUUUCACUGGAAUUGUUGGUUAUCCAAAUCAGAUCACUAAUGAUUUAAGAUUAUCAAUCCCAAAAUUUUCAAGAAAUGGAGUUGAUUCAGCAGAGAAACAUGUUAUUAAUGUAAAGAAUAUCAUUGAAGAGUUUGAGAUUCCUCAUGAAGAUGUGUUCAUGAAGUUGUUGGUUCAGUCUUUGAUAGAGGAUGUAGGAGAUUGGAAGGUGGCUGGAAAAGUUGCUAAGAGAGAUGAUCCAAAGCUGUACAACUCCAGGGUCUAUAGGAAAGAUGAUCUUACCAAAAUCAUGGACAUGCUCAAGGACUUAAAGGGCUUGGUAGAAGAUGAAGAAGAUAAAAAUGAAGAUUAUGAACCAACUGUUAAUGCCUUCUCAUUUGAUCCAUAUUGGGGAAGAAAUGAGGAUUUAUCUGAAGAAGAGGAAUAUUCUGAUGUGUAUCAAAGAAGAGAAAAUUUGCAAUAUGGUAUACAACAUAUUUUUUCCAAUGAUGAUGAAGAUACCCCUACUUUGAGAAAACUGUUUCAAGAAGAAAUAGUGCCUUCUUUGAGAAACCUGACUGAAGAAGAAAAGAAAGCUUUCACUGUUGCAACUAUAGAACAAGUGGAAAGUAAUUAUCAGCCGAGGAAUAGGAAUGUCAACAAUGAGUAG